AUGCUAUCUGCUGCUGGAGUAAUAACAUUAUUCAGAAAUCCAGUAAGGGUUUGUAGGAUUGUAAGUAACUCUCUUGUACAAGUUGCUCACCUCUCAACAGUGAUCCCGAAAAAACCAAAGAGAGCAAGAAAUUCCUAUCUCAUGUAUAUGACGGAUCGAUGGAACCAAGCUAAAGAGAGUGGCCAAGUUCCAGAAAUCAGGGAAUUCACCGAAGAAUCAUCUUCCAAUUGGCGCAAUAUGAGCGAAGAAGAAAAAGAGGAAUACCACCAACGAGCGCAAAUUGAUCGAAAUAGAUUCUCACGUGAAAUGAUGACAUAUAAUGAAUUAUUAGAGGAUAGAGAAACUCGAGAAGCUGUCGAAAGGCAAGAAUUGGCGAAAUUAAGGAAGAAAAUUUCGUCAGCGGUCAAAAAUCAGGAUUGGUUAAAAGAGCUAUCGAGCAACUAUAGAAAUUUAGACAGUGAAUCUAAAGAACGUUAUUCUGAUAUCGCGAGAAAAGUUAGAGAGCAGAGACAGCUAGAGUGUGAACGUUUGUCUGUUAUGCACGGAGAUCCUCUUUCAAUCAAAGAAAAUAUUGAAAAACUCAUGAAGAGGCGACCGGUAGCAAAGAAGCUACUGAAAUGA